GGGGCUGUGCAUUUAAAGGCGCUUGCCAGUCAGCUCCUACGCCCUUGUUUCCUGCUCCUCGCCUCCUACGUUAACUUUGCGGAACUCCUGUAACCCAGCCAGCAUGUCUCAGGGUAGACUCUUGUCCAGGCUGAGCAAUGUGGAACGACCUCUGGCUCCUCCGGUCUGCCUCCCCUAAUCUGGGCACUGGGACAGAGGCUGAGUUUGAGAAAGCUGCAGAGGAGGUUAAGCGCCUCAAGACCCAGCCAUCAGACCAAGAGAUGUUAUUCAUUUACAGCCACUACAAACAAGCCACUGUGGGCGACGUAAAUACAGAGCGGCCUGGGCUGUUGGACCUCAAAGGUAAAGCCAAAUGGGAUGCCUGGAACCAGCUGAAAGGGACUGCCAAGGAAAGUGCCAUGAAAGCUUAUGUCGACAAGGUAGAAGAGCUGAAGGGCAAGUACGGAAUGUAACAGACUGGAUUUGGUCGCCAGCCAUGCAUUUCACCUGAAGCGAUAGAAUGCCUUGUUUUUUCUAAUACUGUGGAUGAAAUGGAAA